CUUGUGAAAAGGGCGGGGUUUUUGUCAUUUUUCCCUGACUGACUCCUUUUUCCCCUGAAGUUGCGCCUGCGUCGACCAACAAAUGCUAUGCAAGACUAUCAUAUCAUGCUCGAGUCCUAGUCCUCCUCCCCCUCCGCCUCGGACUCGUGAUCAUCACCGUUGGCCCGGGGGACCACCUCCUUGCGCACCCUCGGCACCUCAAACACCAUGGCGCCGUUCCGCCCGCCCUGCAGCUUCUUCCACCGCCCGAGGCGGUGCUCCUUGCCCAGCGCGAUGACGACGCACAGCCCGUCCCUGCCGCGGUCGCCGCGCUCGAACGUGGAGAUGUCGUUGAUGACGCCCUUGACGAGGCCCAGGGCCGAGUCCGGGCCGGGCGAGGCCGGCUUUUCUUUUUCCUCCCCUCCUUCUUCUUCUGUUUUCCGCGCGACGACCUCCCGGCUGCCGUCCGCCUCGGGCUCCUCCCCCGCAUUUUCGCCGUUUGUCAGCGCCUGCCCGGGCGGGAACUGGGGCUGCGGGUUGUGCGCCAGGACGUUGCCGUCCGCGUCGGACGUGGCGCCGAGGACGCCCACGCGCUCGAGCCGCCGCUUGUCCUCGCUCAGCCUCCACACGCGGACGUAGCCGUCCCAGCUGCCCGAGAGGAUGACGUCCGAGUACGGGAUCGUCCUCAGGGCCGUGAUCCACCGCGGCUGGGGAGGGGGCACCACCGACGGGUCCGGGUCGACCUCGCCCGACGACCGCUCGGGCGGCAGGGCCGGCUCGAUGCCGUGGGCGUGGGGCAGGACGAAGACGGGCUUCUUCUUCUGCAGGCUCCACAGGGCUAUGGAGCCGUUGUCGCUGCCCGUGACGAACAUCUCGUCGUCGAUCAUGGCGAUCCGGUCCAUGCUCCCCUCGUGGGCCAUGGAGAGGGGGUCGAUGCUGCCGCCGGCGGCGGUGGGCGCUGUUGCUGCUUCCUUCUUCUUGUCCGAGACGCCGGAGCCGCCGCCGCGGAAGACCAGCUGUGUCUCCUCGACGACCUUCCACAGCCGCGCGGUCCUGUCCCGCGCGCCCGCGCUGACGCAGCGCUCCUGGGCGAGCGCGUCGAUGUCCACGACGUGGUCCUGGUGGCCGAACAGCGUCUCCACGUAGGCCAUCUCGUCGAGCGACCACACCUUGACGGUCCGGUCCUUGGAGCUCGAGUACAGCUGGUUCGUGCCCCUGCGGAAGGCCAGCCCCGUGACGGCGUCGCGGUGCUGGGUGAACGCCCUCAGGGGCUUCAGCGUCUCGGCGUCGUGGACCACCAUCCUCCUGUCCGCGCCUGCUGUUACCACGUAUUUGCCGUCCUGUGAUGCUGCCACCUUGAGUAUUGGGCCGGUGUGGCCUUGGUAGUUCUUGUCUUUUGAUUUUCUGGAAUCGCCCCGGCUCGAUGCCACCCGCUGUGGUUUCUUCUUGGGUGGUGCGGGUGGUUUCUUGGGCUUCUUCUUCGUCGUCUGCGGCCACUGGUGCUGGGGCAGGUCCUGGAGCUUCCACUUGACCAGGAACAUGUCCUUGGAGACCGUGUAGGCGUAGGGGGCACAGGUCGCUAUCGAGUUCACGUUUUGCGAGUUCCACCUGAAAAUCGUAUGUGAUGCCUGCUCAAACAGCAGCUCGCCGGCAAGUUGCCUGUAGACUUUGCCCUUUGUCUCGGCGACAUCUUCUUGCAUUCGCUCGGCGAUGAGGUCGCGGUCAAUUUCUUCGGCGUCGAAUCCGUACUCGUCCUGGACUUCGCCUUUAACGUUGUCGAGAUAGCGCUCCGCCAGUUUUAACCGCCGCUCUGCCGCGGUCUCCCCCUCUGCCUCUGACGCCGAGUCGUCAUCGUCGAUCCCAUUGAACUCGUCUUCGUCGUCCGGAAGGUCGUCGUCCUCCGAGUCGCUGCCUGAUAUCGAAGAGUCACGCUCGACUAUCUGUUUCUUUGGCGCGGGGUUGCCUGGCCUCCUCGUCGCCUUGCCGGCCGACUUGUGCACGGGAAUCGAGUUGGAGGACGUUGCCAGUCUCUUUUUCGGACCGUCUGCUGCUGAAGCCUGCCUCUUGCGCUUGUUUGCAGCCCCAGGGGCCGUAAAGAAGGACGACAUGGUUGUGGUGUGGUGGUGGCAGGUGCAAGUCUUCGCCAAAACUAUGGCUGCCUCGACCUUUCGCCUAGGUAGAUUGGAAAUAUUUUUUUUUGGCCAGGGACCGUCAUCCCUGUCAUAGGUACCUGGGGACUUGUGUUAGUGCCGGGCAACUCUGGCUUGCCUGCCGGCGAGCGAAGCGGCCCAGUGCCCCAGGCAAGCGCGGGCCGCGUUCGUAUGCUCGCUACCUGGAGGGAGUCCUGACGACAGGCAGGCUGGAAGCUCACGCAAGCUGCUAUCCGGGGGAGCUUGAUACACCAACAACUCUCCCUCAUCAACGCAACUCCUCUCCCCUCCCAAGUCGACCACACGCAUAAAAUACACAAUGGAGGUUCUGCUGGGAAUUACGGGCAAGGACUUCACCCUGAUCGCGGCCUCUAAGGCUGCGAUGCGAGGUGCAACCAUUCUGAAGGCCGCCGACGACAAGACCCGAGCACUGAACAAGCACACCCUGAUCGCAUAUUCUGGAGAGGCGGGCGACACUGUCCAAUUUGCCGAGUACCUUCAGGCCAAUGCUCAGCUCUACUCGAUGCGCAACGAGACCGACCUUUCGCCAUCAGCACUGGCUCACUUUGUCCGCGGCGAGCUUGCAUCGAGCCUUCGGUCACGGAAACCAUACAAUGUCAACCUGCUCCUCGGCGGAGUUGACCCCAUCACACAGAAGCCCAGCCUGUACUGGCUGGACUACCUCGCGUCACUGGCAGAAGUGCCUUACGCUGCCCACGGCUACGCACAAUACUACUGCCUCUCCAUCCUCGACAAGCACCACCACCCCGACAUCACGCUCCACCAGGGUUUCAAGAUCCUGAACAUGUGCACGGACGAGCUGAAGAGGAGGAUGCCCGUUGACUUCAAGGGCAUGACGGUGAAGGCGGUUACGAAGGAUGGGAUUACCUUGAUGGAAUUCGAUGAUUACAAGGUGGUGAAGAGUGCUUGAGCGGGCAGCAGGGCGCAACACGGAUGGGCUCGGUUCUGGAGCAAAAGACAGUGUAUUAUACCACGGAAUUACACCCAAGGCAUAGAGAUAGCCAAUGGAAAUGAUCACGAUGCACAGAGCCGUCAGUGAAGACCUUUGAGUCAGCUCACCAGUUCCCCUGCGGCGGCGGCGUAAUGACGUUGCGUGGGUGGCGAAGAGGUCAGAGAUUCUCAGCAAGGUGCAAGGGGCAAAUAGAAAACUUGAAGAACCUUAAAAUUCUUAUUAAGACCUCUGCAAACAAGUUGCAAGUGGAUUAUGCUCGGAUAGAAUUUCACAUGACCUCUUCUAAACUUCUAGAAGAACAGUGCUGAAUUGCGGCAUUGCCGUAGACCGGCCCAGGCCGGUCAGGGUCUAUGGGUCGGUGGUCCAGGCAUGUGAAAUCAUGAUAGCGUGACAACGAGAGCCAAGGGACAUCUAUCAGCCGCAACUAGUAAGACCGCGGAGCAGUGGUAUUCAGUCUCGGCAACUCAGGCACGCUGAACGAGCGUGAAAG